AACUGCUCAUCCUUAAUAUACAUAAACACCGGCUAUUGCCUAACGAAAGACAAGCUCCGGGCAGUCGCUUCCCUUUUCGGCGUCCACAAGCAUCGCAACACCCUAAGUGUCACUUCGCCGAGGGCAAGCAUCGCUCUAAGUCGCAAAAUUCUACAUAUCCGUAACAUUAUAAUCCGAAUCCCUAAAACCAGCAUCGACAUGGAUGUGGCGAGCGGUGGCGACAGCGGUGUCAUGGAUAUCGUCUCCUUGCGCAGCAGGCGCCUCGGCAACUACACGCACAACUACACAUCAAGAGAUGCCAUGCUUUAUGCCCUAGGAUUAGGCUGCGACCCAACUUCCGACCUUCGCUACGUGUACGAGGGAUCCAAGGACUUUGCCGUACUGCCCACCUACGCCAUCGUAGCCGCCCAUCCCUCCCUGGACCUGGUGCCCCUGGCCUCCUACCUGCCCGGGGGCCUAGACCGGGCUGCCGCCCUGCACGGGGAGCAGUACCUGCAGCUGAGCGGCGCCCCCCUGCCGCGGGAGGGGGGCAGCUUGGUGAGCCGGCCGCAGCUGGUGGACGUGAGGGCCAAGGGCAACGGCCUGGUGGUGGUGCUGCGCACCGUCACCACCGACGGCGACAGCGGGCGGGAGGUGGCGGUGAACGAGUUCACAACCUUCAUCCUGGGGAAAGG